AUGCAGUUCUUUGCGGUAUUCAACUUCAUUAUUGCAUCAGCUCUUGCAGCAUGCCAGCCAAACCUGCCGCCUUUCCCAAAUAUAUCGGCUUCCCCUAAAUCACCCAUUGACUUUCAAUUACCAGCUGGUCCAAAUCGCGACAAGGUCUGCGUCGUAAAGGCUAAUCAAGACGAUGCUGGACCAGCUAUUCUUUCAGCUGCUAGGGACUGCAACAAGGGCGGUACAGUAUACCUUCCCAACGGCACCUACACCAUCAAGUCGACACUUGACCUUACCUUCUUGGACCAUGUGGAUUUUGCUAUCUUUGGUAAGAUCUAUUUUAAGGGCGACCCUAAGCAUUGGCCGGGUAAAACGUUCAACUACCCUUUUCAGUCAGUCAGUCUCUUCUGGAGGUUUGGUGGCUCUGAUGUGAAUAUCUAUGGCGGUGGCCAGGGUAUCAUCGAUGGUCUCGGCCAGGCGUACUGGGACGCCAUGGUUCUUGAUAAGAAUGUAUUGCGUCCGACUCUUUUCGGGACGGAUGGAUUGCAUAGAUCGACCAUCACUGGGCUCAAAAUGAGGAACAGCCCAGGUUGGUUCAACUUUAUUUCCAAUUCUUCAAACAUUCUUGUCAGCGACAUCUCACUGGACGUUGAGCAGAAAAACAAGUCUGCCCCAGCCAAAAAUACAGACGGAUGGGAUACUUACAGAAAUUGCGUUUCUUUCAAGCCAAACUCGACCUCAGUCGUCGUUCAGGGCCUUGACUGUACCGGUUCACACGGAAUAUCCGUUGGCAGCCUUGGGCAAUACCGCGAUCAGGUUGACAUCGUUGAAGAUGUUUAUAUUUACAACAUCACUAUGUCUAAAGCCUCGGACGGGGCUCGCAUCAAGGUCUGGCCCGGCCUGCCUCCUGGUAGUGACCCUGCUGCUUCUGGGGGCGGUAGCGGUUGGGUUCGCAAUGUAACUUAUGAGCUAUUUCAUAAUGUUGGCAAUGAUCACGCAAUUUCCAUCUCUCAAUGCUACUACACCAAGAAUCAGACAAUUUGUGAUUUGUAUCCGGCAAGCCUCAAAAUACAGGAUAUCACGUUUUUAGACUUUUCUGGUACGACGAGCAGCAAAUACGCUCCUCGGGUUGGCGAAAUUAUUUGCAGCUCUCCCACGGUGUGCACAGGCAUAGUUGCCCGUAAUAUCAAUGUGAAGCCGGCUGGAGGUCAGCCAGCCUUCUUUGGCUGUCACAACUUUGACCAGUCCAAUGCUAAGAUCAAUUGCAAAGAACCGGGACCUUAA